AUGCGAGUCCUCUCUUUCGAUCCGCUAUUGAUACAUCUUGAAGGAUUUAUUACAGACUCUGAACGCACGCAUCUGCUCAGACUUGGAGAGCAUCGGUAUAAUAGCUCCAAAAUCAACCUGCCAAAUGGAACCAAAAUUAUAUCCCAACGGCGCACAAGCGACACGGCUCGGCUCCCCACUGACGAUCCUAUUGUACAACGUAUUGUAACCCGGGCUUCAACUCUCCAGGGCUAUACUCCCGAAGUAAAUAUCGAAACUCUACAAUUGACCAAAUAUAAUCCAGGCCAGUACUAUAUGGCCCACUGGGAUCAUUACCAAGAUGUCCCCGUGCCCGAGAACGAAUCCCAAAGAAUAACCACAAUAUUUGCUAUCUUAGAUGCAGAUUGCGACGAAUGUGGUACUCAGUUUCCUAAUCUGUCUGUAGAUUGGUCAAAAGAAGACUCUAGGUGGUGCGAGUUCGUUGAUUGUAACAAUACUGGAGGCAUUACAGUUCGGCCUAUUCCUGGCAAUGCUCUCUUUUGGAAGAAUAUUGAUGCGUCUAGCAACGGUGUUAGAGAAACGUUACAUGCUGGACUGCCUCCAUUAAAUGGCACGAAGAUAGGAUUGAACAUCUGGACGCGUGAAAAGAAGUGGGAACAAUCAACUUUAUUAUAA